AUGUCUCAACAUCAGCUAUUACAGUUUAACAAAGUCAAAACUUUACACUUUUAUUUACAAGCAUCUAAAAUUUUAAGAAAUUUAUUUUCAAAUAAUAAUGAAGAUACUUUAACAAAUUUAUAUAGCCCUUCAUUGCAAAAUGAUAGCUAUGAUGAAUCUAAUAAUGAUAAUUUGGAUUGGGAUAAUAUUCAAUAUGAAUAUAAAAGUUACAAUACUAAUUUAGAAAGCCAAGAUGAUAUUAAAACAAUUCUUACCUAUACUAAUAGUUCAUCUGAAAUAUUUGAUGAUACAAACUAUUUAUUGUAA